UUGAGCACUCAUAUCAGGGAUCAAACUGGAGGGACGGUUCCCCCCGAUGGGGCCUGCUGAGGGGCAGUGCUGUGGAAGCUGUCCCUCUUUGCCCCCUAUUAUCAUACCAAGCCUGGCCAGCAUGGAGCUCUGCACCGCCCAAGAGGACGGAUGCUUUCCCUCAGAUGGAGAGAUGGGGGAAACCGAAGCACAGGCCAUGGAGGAAUUUCCAGUACAGAGAAAAGGUGACAGAUUGCCCUUUCAGAUCUUCCCAGAUCCAGUGGGGGUAGUUUUGGGACAGGAGGGGACUCUAACCUGCAUUCAACAGGGGAAAGAGCGUCUGCCGUCUAUUGUGGUGGAGCCUACUGAUGUUAGUGAGGUGGAGAGCGGUGAGCUCCGCUGGCCCCCAGAAGACAUGGACUUUGAUGAAGAUGAAGAUCUGUUCCUGGAACAGUGCAUCCCACCAGCUAACAUCGCCGACUGGGGUGAGGAAGAGGAAGAAAGCUCUGUCAUUGAAAACCACCAGCAGACCACGUCUUUAUUAGAUCUUCAGACGGAUGACUUUAGGGACGACACCCCGACACUGCCUCCAGAGAGUGCUCAGGCUCAAAACUAAACCACUGCUUAGGGUCUGACCAUAACCUAUUAAACCCAGCAUUGUCGUGUCUGAUCAAGGGGAUCUGCAUGCAAAAAUAACUUCAGGAUGCUUUCCUGAACAUCUCAGAGAGAUUUAAACUAACUUGUGUUCAAAAUGAGUUACAUGAACAAAUCUGAGUGUGUGGCUGUGGUACUAGUUCACAGGAUGACAUCAACUUUGACAUUUUAACCGAAGAACAGAAAGCAUAAACCUGUGAAAAAAGAUUCUGUUCUAUUUUUCUUAGUUUUAUUUGACAACUUUUACCAAUGUUUUCCUUUUGUUUAUUGUUUUAGAAAGAACAUCAUGUUUAAACACUUGCUGUCAGAAUGCUAAAUAUUGAUUGAAAUUAUUUAGUUGAUACAGUAUAUUAAAAAUGUUACACUCGGUCAGCAUAUUACCACAGACUUCAAAUCUAAACUCAUAUUCAAAAAAGGGAAGAAACAUGGCAACACAAUGUUAGGUAAUCAUAUGCACGCAUGAUCUGUAAAACAGCUUUUUAUGGAGACGAUGCA